AGCCGCCAUUGCUGUUCGAACUGUCACGGAGGCCCUCUUUUGAUCCACGUUUUGUGUAUUCGCCAAGCAAAAUAUCAUGAGCUCGACGAUUUCUAAGAAACGGAAGUUUGUCUCCGAUGGAGUCUUCAAGGCCGAACUGAACGAGUUCCUGACUCGUGAAUUGGCCGAGGAUGGCUAUUCCGGUGUUGAAGUGCGAGUCACUCCAAUCCGGACAGAGAUCAUCAUCAUGGCCACACGAACCCAGAAUGUUUUGGGCGAGAAGGGUCGUCGCAUCCGUGAAUUGACGGCAGUCGUACAGAAGAGGUUCAACUUUGCUCCCGGAACCAUUGAGUUGUACGCCGAGAAGGUGGCCACUCGUGGUCUGUGCGCUAUUGCCCAGGCUGAGUCUCUUCGGUACAAGCUUAUCGGAGGUCUGGCCGUGCGUCGUGCCUGCUAUGGUGUGCUCCGCUUCAUCAUGGAGUCCGGAGCGAAGGGAUGCGAGGUCGUGGUGUCCGGAAAGCUGCGCGGACAGCGUGCCAAGUCGAUGAAGUUCGUCGAUGGCCUCAUGAUUCAUUCCGGUGAUCCGUGCAACGACUACGUGGACACGGCGACCCGGCAUGUGCUGCUGAGACAGGGAGUGCUGGGCAUCAAGGUGAAGAUCAUGCUGCCGUGGGACGCCAACGGCAAGAUGGGCCCCAAGAAGCCUCUGCCCGACAAUGUAUCCGUGGUGGAGCCCAAGGAUGAGCCAACUGUCGUCGUGCCCACCUCGAUCCCCGAAUACAAGAAACAGAUUGAAACCACCACGACGGAAGUCGAGCCGCUGGCUUAAGACGUCCACAUGCGCGGGUAUUCAAUGUAAGGAAUAAAUUUCCUCGAGGAAAUGUGAAGACUAA